AUGGAUGCGGACCGUACCCGUGGCUACAGUGCGCGUGCCGGUCGUAUCAUCCUCCUGGGCGAUGGCACCGAAGUUAUCCCGGACCAGAACGAAGAGGAGCUCUUUGACCAGACCGAGGAGGACCAGGAUCUGACCAACCAGGUGCAGCACGAGACCGGGACUCGGGACCGUGAGGCCACCCCGGGCCCGCAGGGGAAACAGGAGACUGGGACUGCUCAAAUAUCCGAGUCCCCGGCCUCCACUGACGCCGAGAAAGAGAAGUCCGCAUCGUAG